AUACUGCUGCCUGCGUCUCAACAGCGCGGGUAUGGAUAUAAUCCUGCUAGUUUGGGUGUUUUGGAUAGUUCAUGUAACAGAUUCUGAACUGGUAAUAUUUUCAACACCAACAACUCAUACCUACCACUCGCUGUUUGAUCAUAAUGUUAAACGAAGACACCACAACUCCCUCACGUUUAAGGUGAAAGCCUGUGGGGAUGCCCAUGUAGCCUUGCAGACAAAUUACCAGAAUUCAAACCUCCAGAUGUACGAAAUCGUCCUGGGUGGCUGGAGCAACACCAAGUCAGUGAUGAGGCGAUGUGCCCAGUGUGAUCCAGUAACGCUUUACCAUGGAGCCGUGGUGUCCUGUUCUCAGUACAAACAAUUCUGGACGAGCUGGGUCGAUGGAACGAUUAAGGCAGGAAGGGGUGAGACAGUUGGUCAAGACACGAUCCUUUCUUACACAGAUCCCAGUCCACAUACCAUCAACUACUUUGCUGCUGCCACCGGAUGGGGUUCUUCUGGGGAGUGGAUGUUUGAUUUCUGUGAGCCCAAUCUGCAGUUUAAGAUCCUUCAGAACAACUCGAAGUAUGACGGAGGCACCACUACUGAUUUCAAGACAGUUCAGUCCAGAGCACAUUGUUCGGUCACCUGUUUCUCCAAAAUCUGGUGUCGGGGAUUCAGUCAUGAGUCGUCCACGAACACCUGCAACAUGUUCGAUGAUAUUCCAGCAACGACAGCCCUCACCUCUGCUACGGGAUGGACUACGUGGAUUGUUUCCAAGUGAUUAUUUCUUUCAAAUGUUUUGUCUGUUUGUACUGUGUUCCCAAACCUCUACAUCCAAUUCGGUGAACUUUUAGUGGGAAACCAACCAACACAUCGUGUCGUCGAUUAAUUCAAGGGAUCCAUUCAUUUGAUGUCCAUCGUUGUUUCGUCCUUUAUGCCAAAUGGAAUCAAUGUCGGCAAAAACCGAGACUGGUUACUUUCUGGCAUUGACGUUUUACGUCAAUUGCUUGUGACUGAUUUCACACUGAAUUUGCAUUUUGAUAACUGGGUAAAUAUUUUGUUUCAGAUUAGAAAUCGAACGUAUUCAUAAAGACGCACUUAUGUCAUGACUUGAUGAAAAGU